AUGGACUCACCAGUCUGGUUCAUCACGGGUGCCUCCUCAGGUUUCGGCCUCGCCAUCGCCAAAGAAGCCCUUUCCCGCGGCCACCGCGUCAUCGCCACAGCCCGCAACCCGUCCAACCUCUCCGACCUUGCCUCUGCCGGAGCUGACCUCCUGCCCCUGGACGUCACCGCCGACGAGGCCACAGUCACAGAGACGGUGAACAAGGCCUUCGCCAUCCACGGCAAGGUCACCCACGUUAUCAACUCGGCCGGCUACAUCCUCGACGGCACCAUCGAGGAGGCCAACGCCCAGGAAGUUUUCGACAGCUACAACACCAACGUCUUCGGCGCCCUCAAAGUCUGCCGUGCGGUGGCCCCGCACCUCCGCGCUCAGCGCUUCGGAAUCGUCGUCAACAUCGGCAGUGUCGGGAGCUGGGCCGGCGGUGCCGCCGUCGCGCUCUACUGCUCCACCAAGGCCGCCGUCAGCAUCUUCACCGAGGGGUUCGCUGACGAGAUGAAGCCCUUCGGCGUCGAUGUCUGCGCCCUCGAGCCAGGCUACUUCCGUACGAGGUUCCUCAACGCUGGGACCCGCACCAAGGCGAAGCUGUCCAUCGACGCGUACAACGAGGGCCCAGCGGGCGACUACAAGAAGCUGCUUGAGGUCGCCAACAACAACCAGGCUGGUGACCCGCUCAAGGGGGCUCGCGUCGUGGUGGAUGUGAUGACCAAGUCAGGGUCUGCCGAGGGGCGGGAUAUCCCCGUGAGGUUGAUCCUGGGUACUGACUGUCUUGCCGGGGUCCGUCAAAAGUGCAAGGAUACUUUGGCUCUGCUGGAUGAGUGGGAGUCCGUCUCCGCAUCUACCAACUUCUAG